AUGCUCCGCACCACCCUCACCAAGACGGCCGUCUUCCGUCCCAUGCGCGCUGCCUUCAGCACCACUGCUCGAGCCAUGGGCGAAGGCGACACUGGUGCUCCUCCCAAGACCGGCGGCUCAGGUGACGCCUUCCAGCGCCGUGAGCGGGCCUCGGAGGAGUACGCCAUCCGCCAGCGCGAGAAGGAAAAGCUCGUCGAGCUCAGGAAGAAGCUCACUGAGCAGCAAGAGCACCUCGAUCGCCUUGCCAAGCACAUCGAUGAGAUUACCAAGGAGCAGGGCGGCGAGCAGAACUAA